UUUUACGGGCGGAAGUCCUGUGGUUACAGGGCCGGCGGCGGCGCUCUUUAGAGUUGGGCUUCCUCCUUCAGCAGCCGCCGUCGUGAACCAAAGGAGUGGCUCUGAAGAGAACAGUAUCUUUCAGAGCUUUGUAGCCUUCCAGGUGGUGUAGAAAUCCCAACACCCGGUAGAAAUGGCUACUGCAACUCAGAAAUAUUUUCUGGAAGGACAGACAUACUCCGUUCCCCUCAUCCAGCCCAACCUUCGCAGAGAAGAAGCCAUUCAUCAGAUAGCAGAUGCUCUUGAGUACCUGCAGAAAGUGUCAGAUGAUAUCUUCAACAGGAUCUCCCAGCGCGUGGAGGCCAGCCGGACACAGCUGCGGGCCAUUGAUGAGAGAGUCACUCUUGCUCAAGCCAAAAUUGAGAAGAUCAAAGGCAGCAAGAAGGCUAUCAAGGUAUUUUCCAGUUCCAAAUACCCUGCUCCAGAAAGGCUGCAAGAGUAUAUCUCCAUUUUUGCAGGAGCUAAGGAUCCAGAUGCCCAGAAACGGCCAAGGCGCAAGAUCCAAAGCAAACACCGGGCCUUUGAAGAGAAAUCCCUGCAGGAGAAGCCAGAGCACUUCCCGUUGUGUGUCAGCACAAAAAUUCAUCACGAAGAUGAUGCCGAAGAAGGCCUUGGCAGUCUCCCCAGGAAUAUUAGCUCUCUUAGCUCUCUGCUGCUCUUCAAUACCACCGAGAACCUCUAUAAGAAGUAUGUUUUCCUCGAUCCUCUGGCUGGAGCAGUAACCAAGACCCAUGUGGCCCUGGUAACAGAAACUCAGGAGAAGCUCUUUGACGCCCCACUCUCCAUCACCAAGAGGGGGCAGCUGGAUCAGCAGGUGGCUGAAAACUAUUUCUAUGUGCCAGAUCUUGGGCAGGUGCCUGAGAUUGAUGUGCCAUCCUAUCUUCCCGACCUGCCCGGCAUUGCUGCCGAUCUCAUGUACAGUGCUGACCUCGGGCCAGGCAUUGCCCCUUCGGCACCAGGAGCUCCUCUACCAGAGCUGCCCAGCUUCAGCACAGAGUCUGCGGUGCCUUUGCAGCCAGGUGAAGAGACAAACAAUGCCCUGCCAUCAGCUGCACUUCAGGGGGCACCAAAAGAAGUAGUGAACCCAUCAAGUGGCCGGGCCACUCUGCUUGAGUCGAUCCGGCAAGCUGGUGGCAUCGGGAAGGCCAAGCUCCGUAGUGUCAAAGAGAGGAAGAUGGAAAAGAAAAAGCAGAAGGAGCAAGAACAAGUGGGAGCCACAGGGCAGGGUGGAGACCUGAUGUCGGAUCUCUUCAACAAACUGGUCCUCCGGCGCAAAGGCAUCUCUGGCAAAGGGCCUGCAGCUGGAGGGGACAGCAACGCUCCCAAUGUGCCAGGCGGUGCCUUUGGCCGCAUAUCAGACACUAUUCCACCCCUGCCACCCCCGCAGCAGCCAGCUGGUGAAGAGGAUGAAGAUGACUGGGAAUCUUAGGUGGCUGCCUUCACUGUUUGUAAACGGUGGCGAUUCCUGGGCUGAAAAAUAUGGCAACCUGAAGGACACUAGUCUCUCCGGAAAUGCCGUUUUUGUCUCUCACCCCCUUGUUUUGGCUUGUUUUCAAUUCCUCUUGCAUACACUUACCAUCAGAUUAACAACUAACAUUUGCCUUUCCUACCUCCAUAAGCAUGAAUGAUCUCUUCCACCUUGUCUACUCAGCAGAAUCUGCUGCUGGGAAAUUAUGCCUGGAGGAUCAAAGCCAGUUCUGUCCUUGAGAGAAGAAUCCCCAGUAAAGUAUAAUACCAUGUGCCCAGAGCAUUCAAGCAGCUCUCUUCAGCAAACAGCCAUCUUCGCCUCCUGUGGUAGGACUCAAUCCUGGGCUCUUUCCUUUGCUAGUGGGGAGAAGGGCCUGUACUGUAAGAAUAUACAAGCGUUGCUGGGUGAGACUUUUUAUUUUCUGUCUCAACUCCGUUCUCCCUGUUUGCAAGCAAGACUGCUCACCUGUCAAGUACAGGUGGAUGAUUGAUUAAAAAUACCUAUCUGAUUA